UUUAGGGUAACACUACUUUUGGACAUAAGCAUGUGCGUUGUUCGCUGCGCAUUUUAAAAAUUUACAACAAUGAGCGGUCCAGAAAAAAUACCACAGUUCCAUGAACUCGAGCUGGACCAUCGCAUCCUUAAGGCAGUGUCCAAGCUGGGAUGGGAGCAGCCCACGCUGAUUCAGGGCACGGCUAUUCCGCUGCUGCUUGAGGGCAAGGAUGUUGUCGUGCGCGCCCGCACGGGCUCCGGCAAGACGGCUACAUAUGCCCUGCCGCUGAUACAGAAAAUUCUCAACUCCAAGCUCACUGCCACCGAGCAAUGUGUGAGCGCCGUGGUGCUGGCCCCAACCAAAGAGCUGUGCCGGCAGUCGCGCGCCGUCAUCGAGCAGCUGGCCGAACUCUGCCACAAGGUUGUGCGCGUUGCGGACAUUUCGGGCACAACCAGUAACACUGCGACCGAACGCCAUGCCCUGGCCGAGCGUCCCGACAUUGUUGUGGCCACUCCAGCCAAGCUUCUGAAUCACGCCAAGGUCGACGGUGUGUUGGACCUGAAGAAAGUCGAGACUCUGGUGGUGGAUGAGGCAGAUCUGAUAUUUGCCUUCGGCUACGAAACGGACUUCAAGGCAUUGCUGAAACAUCUGCCAGCCAUAUACCAAUCGGUGCUCGUCUCGGCCACGCUCUCAGACGAUGUGGUGCGCAUGAAGGGUCUGUGCCUGCACAAUCCAGUCACGCUCAAGCUGGAGGAGCCCGAUGUGGUGUCGCAGGAUCAGCUCACGCACCAGCGCAUCCUGGCCGAAGAGAACGAGAAGCCGGUCAUCCUCUAUGCUCUGCUUAAGCUGCAACUUGUGCGCGGCAAGUCCAUUAUAUUCGUCAACACCAUCGAUCGCAGCUACAAAAUUCGCUUGUUCUUGGAGCAAUUCGGGAUUAGGGCGUGCGUGCUCAAUCCACAGCUGCCGGCCUCGAUUCGCAUCAACAUGAUUAGCCAGUUCAACAAGGGCACCUACGACAUCAUCAUUGCCUCCGAUCAGCACUACCUCGAGCGUCCCGACAAUGCAAACGACCAGGACAAGCGCAAAUCAUCGCGCGGGGAUUUCGAGUCGAGCGCCUCGCGUGGCAUCGACUUCCAGUCGGUGAAUAAUGUCAUCAACUUUGACUUUCCGCUGGAUGUCACCUCGUACAUUCAUCGUGCCGGACGCACGGCCAGAGGCAACAACAAGGGCUCUGUGUUGUCGCUGGUCAGCAUCAAGGAGUCGAGCGUCAACGACGCCGUCGAGAAGAAACUCCGUGUGACGUUCAGUGCCAAGAAGGGCGACACAAUCAUCAAAAAUUACCAAUUCAAAAUGGACGAACUGGAGUCCUUUCGCUAUCGUACGUACGAUGCCUGGCGUGCCGCCUCGCGGGUUGCCGUGCAGGAGACUCGCCUGCGCGAAAUCAAAACCGAGGUGCUCAACAGUGUCAAGCUGAAGGGCUACUUCGAGGAUCAUCAACGAGAUCUGAAUGCCCUGCGGCACGACAAGCCACUGCGCAUACUGAAAACGCCCAGCCAUUUGUCCGACAUGCCCGAGUACAUGGUGCCCAAGGUGCUGAAGCGUGUCGUUCGCUCCACCACAGUCUCGAGCGAAUCCUCCGCGGAUGCCAAGCGGCCACGUGCGACGACCGGCGCCAAGGCAGCCUUUGACCGCAAGACCAAUGAUCCUUUGAUGGUCGAGUUCGGCGGUCGCCGCUCCAGCACAAGGCAAAAAAAGAAGAACAACUUUUAGUUGCGAGUGGGAACUGCCACGCUCUAGUUAAUUUAGUUUGUAAAUCGAAAGAAAGUCUUUCAUAGAGUGUAUGACUUAAAUUCAGAAGCUUUGUACUUGUUUCAUUGAGCAGAAAGACAACAAAAACGAAAGAGAGGGCCAGCCCGUAUCCCUUUCAAAUGCGUGCAAAUAAAUGUGUUCAUUGGGAGUUGGAAUCUCCCCUGAUUGCCCAAUCAACUGACGCCAAAUGAG